AACAAUUCCCGGUUUCUUCAUCACCUAAACAAAUUUCUCAUUCCUCCAACCAGAAUUUAACAUCCAUCCUCUUAAAUGACGAGUAACAAGAGAAGUAGAGAAGAAACGGAAGAUAGCAUAGAAGUUACCAUGGCUAAGUGUUUAAUGUUAUUAUCACGUGACAGAAGAGAGAUCGACUACCCAUCCGUGAUCGAUCAGCAACAAACUAGAACAUUAACCAGUACCCAGGACCGGGUUUACGAAUGCAAAACAUGUAAUAAACAAUUUCUAUCAUUUCAAGCACUGGGAGGCCAUAGGACGAGCCACAAGACACGUCGGGUAAUGGACUUGUAUUCAUCAGAUAAUCAAAGUGUUAACGAUAACCAAAAGCAAGUGAACAGAGUAAAGAUUCACCAGUGUUCUAUUUGUGGUUUAAAGUUCGAGGCAGGACAAGCUUUGGGUGGUCAUAUGAGAAGACACAGAGCUGACAUGAUUGAAUCUUCGACAACAAUAGCAGGAACAGGAUUGUCAUCAUCCUUGUCAUCUGAUAUUACUGCUGCCGCUACUCAUCAAAAAGUAGUACCACAAGUUUCAGUACUGAAGAGAUCAAAUAGCAGGAGAGUCUUGAGUCUGAAUUUGGAUUUAGAUUUGAGCUUAUCUCUUGAUCCCUUGGAUAAUAAUGAUUCUGAUUUCUACACUGAUGUAUCUCGCCAUCCACAAUUGAGUAUUUGAUUAAUUGGUCAAAAUGUAGCUAGAUGUGAUUAAAUAUAACUCAUUCUGAGUCUCUCUCUUUGUUCUAUCUAUCGCAAAGUUCAACUGCAAGUAAGCAGGACAAUAA